AUGGCCCAAACGAUGCAUCUUGGAUAUCCUGGUGUGACCUUAACCCAAACGGAGGGGUCGAAUUGGAAGCCGCGUCUGAAGUUUGAGGAUGCCACUGAAAAGUCAGUCUGGGCAGUCCGACAAGCCAGGCCCAACGGGCGUUCUUCGAUCUCGAUAGCAGAUUCCAACUCUUUUACCAGGCCAAAUUUAUCACAGGAUCCACAUUGGGUUGGAGUCUCGCCAACAGUGAGGCAGUUAGGAUGGUGUGAGCCACAAUAUGGACAGUGGAUGGUACCAACGUUUGAACACCAGCUCCUUCCAAAAUGCGAAACUACUUGUAACGCUAUCGUUACGGGGCAAGAUCUGGGUGUGAGAGAUGACUUUGGGCACUGUGGAGACAACUUGGGGGCCGCAUACGACACAACCGGCCUAUCUAAUGCCACGAAAGUCGUGGGGGGCUCCGAUAUUGACACAAAUGCAGAGCCCUUGUCCCCAGGGAGCUACUUUAGUGAUCUGCCGUACUGUGGUACGUCUCUUGAUCACGAACCACCCGACGACCAACUUUCAUCAAGGAGUAGGUGGAUUGAUGAUGAAACGAACACUUACGGAGUUCUUGACCGUCUUGGUUCUCAUAGCAUCCCAGCCUCCAUCUUUGGCAUUGACCCGAUGCUCUCCCAAAUUGAUCAAAGCGUUGCAGAAGUCAACUGGAAAACAUUGCAGCAAAAUGCUUCGCGUAGACUCCAAUCACAAUUGGAGCCGAGCCAGCUAUGGACCACCAGCACGGCAUUGUCCGCAACUCCAGAGUUGAACACCAUUGAGUGGGCAUACCAACCGCCUCAGAGCGUAGUAACACCCUCGCAGGGGUCUGGACGAUGGAGCCUCCCUCAAAACUCACCGUGUUCCUCUAGAGUAACUUAUGCACAAGGGUACGAUCAAUGUGGCCAAUCCUCCGUACCCGGGUUCAACAAUACCUUCUCUAAUUCCACGAGCCUUGGUCAGAAUGGCAGCAUAGUACACAGCACCCAGCCAGGGGUCCAUGCGUACAAUGAUGCAGAUGUUCGGGACGACUCAACAAGGUUCCAAAGCAGUGAUCAUCAACGACGGAUGGAGGAUGACAUUCUCCUUCGGGGAAAACGCCAAGGGUUGACAUAUAGAGAGAUAAAGAAGAAGAUUCCUUCGAAUGUAGCCGAGUCGACUUUGCGCGGGCGUUAUAGGUCCCUGACCAAGGCGAGGAAGGAUCGCGUCCGCAGACCAGUAUGGACGGCCAAUGAUGUUUGUCUCCUGAGAAGAAUCGUCUCAGUCGAGCUCGAGAAUUUCGAUGCCGCAUGUUAUCGCGAACUUACGCGAAGCCAGAAACUCGCAAAAAUUUCCUGGAAAAGGGUCGCAGAGUACAUCUCCACGCAUGGAGGGUCGUAUCAUUUUGGAAAUUCAACAUGCAAGAAGAAAUGGAGCGAGGUGGACACAGACGAUUAA